AUGCGCGGCCCGGCAGGAUCCACAGGUCGGACGCUUACUCGGCAUGGAAGAAAAUAUCGAGGGGUCAGGCUGGCUUCUUCACUAACAGAGAAUGCCCCGCGUGCUGCUCCCAAGCUCCCCGCGAAGCCAAGCACUCGUUACACGAGCGUGACUCACGCGGAGGAUACAACCUCUAUCUCCGCAGGCGUGAAGGCCCUGCUCGACCGAUCCAAUGCUUACAUUCUACCCGUGUAUGCCCGCCCGCCGUUCGUGCUCUCGCAUGGAAAGGGUGCAUAUGUGUGGGACACGGAGGGGCGCAGGUACCUGGACUUCAGCGCCGGGAUCGCCGUGAAUGCGCUAGGCCAUGCGGACCAGGGUGUGGCUAACGUGCUAGCAUCGGAGGCAGCAACCCUACUGCACACAAGCAAUGCGUACCACCAUAAAUGGGCGGGGAAGCUCGCAGAGCUCCUUGUGACGCUUACACAGCGGGAAGGCGGACUCGGCUGGGAAGGCGGAUCCACCCACUCGUCUUCUAGUGGGAGUAGUGGUGCAAAAGUCUUCUUCUCGAACUCUGGCACAGAGGCGAACGAGGGUGCUCUGAAAAUCGCGCGGAAGUUGGGCAAGGCGCGCUGGGCCGCGGCAACGGGUAAAGAGUGGGACGACCCUUCGUGCGACAAACACGAGAUUGUCUGCUUCGAAAGUGCAUUUCACGGACGUUCCAUGGGAGCGCUGAGCGUGACCACAAAUGCCAAGUAUCAGAAACCGUUCACCCCUCUCAUUCCGGGGAUCAGGGUGGGCAAGCUCAAUGCUGCAGAUGAUUUGGAGAGACUGGUCGGUGAAAAGACGUGUGCCGUGAUCGUGGAGCCUAUUCAAGGCGAGGGUGGAAUUCAUCCCGCCGAAGUCAAGUGGCUCCAGGCCCUCCGGAAGAAAUGCGAUGAAGUUGGUGCAGUGCUAAUCUAUGACGAGAUACAGUGCGGUUUGUAUAGGACGGGUGACUUAUGGGCUCAUUCGACGUUGCCGGUUGAUGCACACCCAGACAUUGUGACGAUGGCAAAGCCGUUGGCCAAUGGGUAUCCUAUUGGGGCGGUUCUCAUGCGAGAUCAUGUUGCUGAGACGAUGACAGCAGGGACACACGGAACGACAUUCGGUGGUUCGCCGCUGGCCUGUGCGCUGGGCUACUACGUGUUGUCGCGCGUGUCAGAGCGUCCGUUCGUCGCGAACAUCGCAGAGACGAGCGCGUAUCUACACGACCGUCUUUCGCAGCUGCCGGGGUGGUUUCCCGACAUUCUACAGCCUGGCGUGCGCGGGAGGGGGCUGAUUCUGGGCCUCGGAUUCAGGGACGGGACGCACCCUGCGAAGCUGGUAGGGAUGGCGCGGGAACGGGGGGUGCUGCUUCUGACGGCGGGGGCGGACGCGGUGCGCCUGGUACCGAGUCUGAACAUCGGGCAGGCAGAGGUGGACGUUGCGGUGGAUGUGAUUGAGAGUUGUCUGGGGCACGGAGUAGCAUGA